AUGAUGAACUGCCCGUACCGAUGCGAGAUCGUGGAGAGAAAGUACAUGCCAGUCGACUAUUUCAAUGCGACGAUGACAUACAGGAAUGACUCUGAUUACCCUUUGCCUUAUGGAAAGUUCGUAAGGCGUACUCCUCUCGACAAGGAGCAAAGUUUUUUCACAGAAAACCAGGUGAUACUGCAUGCCUUUCAAAGAUGA